AUGGCUAAUGAGGACGACAUACCUAAGGGUGAACGUAGGCGUCAUGAAUUGACAACCGUGUUGAUUUUAUUGGAGGAAAUACUUCUGAAUCAUCAAAUCAAUAUGGUGCUCAUAUCUUUUAUAAUCACCCUCAUUGGCCCAGAAACUCGCAAGCGCAAACGAUUGGAUAGGGUUGGAAUUUCUCCUGUGCUCGACACAAUACCUGCUCAUGUUAAGCAUUUAGACAGACUUGUUCGUGUCACUGAUCGGGCAUGUGUGGAUAACUUACGGAUGGAUAGGAACACAUUUGGGCGUCUUUGUCGUAUUUUUCGUGAUCGUGUAGGCUUGAUAGACCAGAAAUUCGUCACUGUAGAAGAACAAGUUGCUAUGUUUCUGUGUGUUCUUUCCCACCACACAAAAGCUCGGAUAGUUGGAUUCAGAUUCAUGCGGUCAUCACAAACCGUGUCAAAGUACAUACACACUGUGCUACGGGGGCUGCUGACGCUACACAAUCUUUUUUUAGUGAAGCCCACUCCUAUAGCUGAGGCUUGCUCUGACCGGCGUUGGAAUUGGUUUCAGGGAUGUCUUGGCGCAUUAGAUGGAACCUAUAUCAACGUCCGAGUUCCGGUUGCUGACGCACCUCGUUACAGAAAUAGGAAUGGGCAAAUCACGACAAACACACUUGCCGUAUGUGACCCACACCUACGCUACACUUACAUUCUGCCAGGAUGGGAGGGAUCCGCUGGUGAUUCAAGGAUUUUGCAGACAAGUAUAUUGCAGUCAAAUUGA